AACCUCAGGCCAUAAGCCACUCCAAAGCAAACCAGAACCAGUGGCUGGCCGUAUUCCUUGAGAAAAAGGAGACAAAAAACCUCUAUCCAUCUUGAAGCUUUCUCUUCUAACAUGGCGAGAACAGCCUGCAGUAAUCUACUUUCAACUCUAACUCUUCUUCCAAAUAAACCCUCCAUUUUCACGAAAAACCCUCAAUUAAUCAGCGUUUUUAAUGGGAGAAAAACGAGAUUACACUCUUCUUCUUCCAGAAUAAGCAUGAGCUUAAGAGCCGGCAUUGUUGGUCUCCCUAACGUCGGCAAAUCAACUCUCUUCAAUGCCGUCGUUGAGAAUGGGAAAGCGCAAGCGGCUAAUUUUCCGUUUUGUACAAUAGAGCCAAAUGUUGGGGUUGUUGCGGUUCCGGAUCCUCGGCUUCAUGUUCUUUCUGAGCUAAGCAAGUCUCAAAGAGCUGUUCCUGCUUCUAUUGAGUUUGUUGACAUUGCGGGUCUAGUUAAGGGUGCCAGUCAAGGAGAGGGGUUAGGGAAUAAAUUCUUAUCGCAUAUCCGAGAGGUGGACUCCAUUCUUCAGGUUGUACGCUGUUUCGAAGAUAAUGAUAUUGUUCAUGUGAAUGGCAAAGUUGAUCCUAAGUCUGAUAUCGAUGUGAUCAAUUUGGAACUAGUUUUCUCAGAUUUAGAUCAGAUAGAGAAAAGAAUAGAGAAGCUCAAAAAGGGGAAGACAAAGGAUUCUCAAUCUAAAGUCAAGGAGGAAGCAGAAAAGUCUGCCUUGGAAAGGAUUAAGCAGGCACUUAUGGAUGGAAAACCGGCACGAGCAGUUGCAUUAACUGAAUUUGAGAAGGAUGCUGUGAAACAUCUUUGCUUGCUUACAAUGAAACCAAUCAUAUAUGUUGCCAAUGUUGCAGAAUCUGAUCUUGCUGAGCCUGAAAAUAAUCCCCAUGUUAAUGAAGUGAUGAAUCUUGCAUCUGAGUUGCAAUCUGGAAUUGUUACAAUUUCUGCACAGGUUGAGUCGGAGCUCACUGAACUUCCAUCAGAUGAACGAACAGAAUAUUUGAAAUCUCUUGGUGUCAAUGAAAGUGGGCUUGGAAACCUUAUUAGAGAAACAUAUAGCCUUCUAGGGCUGCGUACGUACUUUACAUCUGGGGAGAAGGAAUCAAAAGCAUGGACAAUACUUGCAGGAAUGACUGCUCCUCAAGCUGCUGGAGUUAUUCACUCUGACUUUGAGAAAGGCUUCAUUCGUGCUGAGACAGUAUCCUAUGAUGAUUUUAUAGCCGCUGGUUCACUAGCAGCAGCAAGGGAAAAAGGACUUUUGAGAUCUGAGGGUAAAGAUUACAUUGUACAAGAAGGAGAUGUAAUGCUGUUCCGUUUCAAUGUUUGAUGACUGUACUUUUUAAGCCGAAGGCAUUUCGAUAUUCCUUUACCUAUCGAAGCACUGAACAAGAAAUGUAUACCUCACUGGUUUUGUAUUUUCAGUGGUCUAAGAUCAUUUACAACACAGGCAAAUAGCAUAGGAUGAAAUUCUUCUUAUACCAUUACUAAGCCAAGAUAUAUAUUCAGAUAUUCAGCUCGGGGAAUUUUCUGUUUAUAAUUCAAAAGCAAAGGGACAAACAAAAUCCCCCCAUUUUUCACACUGAGGCUGUGACUUCAUUCCCUUCUAUGUUGGGGUAUCAUUACUCUUUACUUGUAAUCUUGCCCUUCUUACAGUAAAAUGUAACUUGCUUCCUAUCA